AUGGAUUCUAGUAAUCCAUAUAGUCACACGUCCAAGUUUGUGGACCUUUUGAACUGUCAACAAGAUUGUAACCUUCCCAAACCCUUUCCUUAUGAAAGCGGUUCACAACUCCCUGUGUUUAGUACUCAACCAACUGAAACUGCAAGCUUCUGUGGAGACUCACGUUCAGUGCGCAAAGAAAGAAGAAAAUGGCCUCCCUCUGAUGAUCUAGUGCUCAUUAGCGCCUGGUUAAACACCAGCAAGGAUGCUGUAGUCAGCAAUGAGCAAAAAGCAAGUACUUUCUGGGCCGCAUUGCCGAUUACUUUGAAGCUAGUCCGAAGGUGGCAGGAGGUGAUAAGCCAGAACCUCUUCAGUUUCUGUGGAUCAUAUGCGGUCGCAACAAGACAGAAAACUAGUGGUCAGAGCGAGAGUGAUGUUGUGAAACUGGCACACGAAAUAUUUUUCAAUGAUCACAAGACUAAAUUUAAUCUCCACCAUGCUUGGGAGGAGCUCCGCUAUGACCAGAAAUGGUCUGAGCAUGCUACUAGUAAGCUUGGUGGAAACGGUCAGAAGAGAAAGUACGAGGAUGGAGCAGAAACAGCAAGCUCUCAAGCAACCAUCAAUCUAGACGAGCAACCUACCAAACGGCCAGCUGGUGUUAAGGCUUCGAAAGCAGCUUCUACAAAGAAACCAAUCGUAGAUAAUGAGGCUUCAUUAAAGUGUCAGACCAAGUGCUCUAUUAAAGAGAAAGACUUGGCCCUGCAAGAGAGAGUUUCGAAAAUGGCUCUGCUUAACAGCCUCAUUUCAAAAACAGACCCACUUUCUGAAAUAGAACAAGCCGUAAAGACUAAGCUUCUUACAGAGAUGCUGGAUAACUAG